UCAGCACCAACAGAGCAGCCAUGUACAAGGUCGAGAUCCCAGCCGAUAACAUCCAGCAAGCUGCCAUCGAGAGGCGGCGGCGGCUCGACGAAGACCGCAAAAAGCGCAUCUUUGACCCCAAAGUUCGCGUCAUCGGGGUCGAUCUGCCGGCUCUCGACGACCAGGUCGAUACCAAGGAACGCAUCAAGAGCAACGAGCGGACGCGCAACCUGGCCUUUGACCGCCAUGCCGCUCAAACCAACCAGCUCCUUCAGAUGAUCGACGCCCAGACCGAGAUGGAGCGGCGGCGCCAGCUUCGCUCCCUCAACGACUUUCGCUUCAACUACCAGCAGCCCUACCAGCGGCGAGACUAUGAUCUGUACGACCCCGAGGCCCUCAAGAACGACUUCCCCGCCCGCAUCGGCGACGAAGAUCCGCGGUGCGGGGUCAGCGGAAUGCAGCAGUUUGAAGGAGAGGAUCUCGAACAGCCCAUUCGCCUCCGACUGCAGAAGGACCAGAUGCGGGUCUGGGCACAGGAGAAGCAGCAUGAACAGGAGCUUAAGAAGCUGACCGAGCUUGAGGAAAAAAAAAAAUACGAAGAGUUCGAGCACAGUGUGGCCAUGAAGACCCUAGAGCUCCAGAAGGCGACCGAUGCCGCCCGCCAGGAGCGCCAGAGACUCGACAACGAGUACAAUCUUCACCUCGCCAGCUGGAAGCACCACCGUGAAGCCCAGGCCAAGCACCGAGAGAUGGAGCAAAACUUCAACGAAAUCAUGACCAACAUCAACGGCGAGUUCUUGACCGAGACCCCGGACGUCUUCAACAUCGGCGGCGGUCACAAGGUUCGCGUGGAUGUGUUCAAGGGCAUCACUCCCGAGCAAAAGGCCCAUAUUCUGCAGACGCAGGAGCACCAGCGCAUGGAAGCCGAGCUCCGCCGCGAGCAAGACCGCCGAAAGGAAUACGAGUGGUCACUCCAGGAGGCCGCCAACAAUCGCGCCGCCAUUCUUUUGGAGCGCGAGAAGGGUCGGAGGGCCCGUGAGCUGGCCAUCCAGAUCCGAAAGGAGAACCAAGCCAAGGCUGGCGAGGACCGCAAUCGGCAAUUCUAUCUCGACCACGUCCUCUAUACCAAUCCGCCCACAGAGGAGUACUUUACCCAGUUCAACACCACAAGUCGAUGAGCCGCCCCUUCCCUCCCCUCCCCUCCCCUCCAUUCUCUGUCCAUGUCACUUCUCCGCCUCUGUCCACCUCACGCUGUCACUUCCUUCUUCCGACUCCAUCACUCUGGACCCGGUCGGACAUUUCGAUCCACCUGGCUCUGUCUCGAUCUGGCUUGCUCUCUCCUACAUCAGUUUGCUGAUUCAAUCGGCAACGUUAGAUCCCUUGCGCCUUCCUCCAAAAUGGUUCAACAGCCGAUCUGUCUCAUGCUGGUUUUGUUUCCAUUCGAUGCAAUACAACACGUGUCCAUCAGAAUGUCAUUGCAGACUCUGUUGCUAGAAAACAAAAU